UGGUCACCCAAGUCUUUUAACUUGGCGCGCGAGCUUUUCUCCACGCGGCCUUCUUUACACUUUAUUUCCGGUUCACACUGUUACGCCAUGACGUCAACAUCUGUCUGAACAAACCGACGCAAAGUCACAGAAAAGGGAGCGCCGGCAAAGAGGAGAACAUGGCUGUAAAUGUAUACUCCACUUCAGUGACAAGCGACAACCUGAGUCGCCAUGACAUGCUUGCGUGGAUCAACGAAUCUUUACAGAUGAACCUUACAAAGAUUGAGCUGCUAUGUUCAGGUGCCGCCUAUUGCCAGUUUAUGGACAUGCUCUUUCCUGGCUGUGUUCCUUUGAAGAAAGUCAAAUUUUCAGCAAAAUUAGAGCAUGAAUACAUUCACAAUUUUAAGAUCUUGCAAGCUGGGUUCAAGAAAAUGGGCGUCGACAAAAUCAUCCCCGUUGACAAGUUGAUAAAGGGCAAGUUCCAGGACAAUUUUGAAUUUGUGCAGUGGUUUAAGAAGUUUUUUGAUGCCAACUAUGAUGGAAAGGAGUAUGACCCAGUGGAGGCACGUCAAGGGCAGGACACAAUGCCCGUGCCCAACCCAUCCAUGCCUGCUCUCAACAAGCCUAAAAAGAUCAUGAAUGCAGCACCACAAAGGGCAGCUGUUGCUAAGGUAGCACCCAAGAUGACUCCCACUUCGGCACGGAGGCCAGGCACCGGUGGUGACGAUGAAAGGGCGGAGCUUAUACAAGAGCUGAAUAUGCUGAAGUCCACAAUCCAGGACAUGGAGAAGGAGCGAGACUUUUACUUUGGCAAACUGAGGAACAUUGAGCUGAUCUGCCAGGAGAAGGAGAGUGAGGGAGACCCUACCCUGCAGAGGAUUGUGGAUAUUCUCUAUGCCACAGAUGAGGGCUUCGUCAUACCAGAUGCUGAAGCAGAGGACCAGGAGGAGUUCUAAUGCCUAUAACUAGAUCCAGUUGUGUCCUUGUCUCCUCCCUCAUCUCUACACAUUCACUCCCUCCUGCUGUCUCGGAUCACGUUACGCAUUUCGGACUCAAUGAACGCUGUAUGGAAAAUAAUUUGGGUUGCAUCCAGAGUUAAAGUAGCUACAUUAGAAGAACCUCCUCCGAUGCCUUCUUAGAGAAGAGCACAACGUGGCUGCUCAGCUGAUCUCGCUGGGCUCGGGAGAGGUGGAGCAUUUCGUCUCUAACAUUCAGUAUCACGUAAAGUUCCUGCAGCUACAGGGGAACCUGCAAAUUUAUUCCUUGUUAGAUAUUCAUCUUUGACCGUUUCAUUUUGCUGCAGUGUGAAUAUAGGGGAUGUUUUCAUUGUUGCCCCUCACAAGAUGAAUGGCAUGUAUUUCAUAAUAAUAAUAAUAAUAAUAAUGCUAUACUAAUCAUGUUUUUCAUAUUUAAAAAAAAAAAAAGUACUUCCUUCACAAAAUCUUAGUUUUUGCUUUUGGUUCUGAUGUGAAUUAGCAAAACCAAUCGUUUAAAAAAAAAAAAAAAAGUUCACAUUUUCAGCAGUUUACAUUGCUUUUUAUUCCAAUGCGAUUUAUUUUUUUGUGAAAGGCUUGUAGCAGUCACCUUUUCUCCAGCUUUGAUCCUGUGACUGUGCCUUAUAGACUGAGUGGAGGGAGACCAGUCUGAUGUCUGUGUUUUUGUCUUUGUUUGUGUGUCAUGGUCUAGGAAGUCAGUUUUGCAGUAAAGAAGGUUGAUUUUGUUCAUGAACGUUCCAAAAUUGGCCACAAACUGCCAUGAUUGUGAUUAGUAACUGUUUCUUGGUGAUCAUUCGGGAUGUUUUUGUAACUGUGACAUUACCAGCGUAGUUGCAAAGUCAUCCUCUGUGACGUUUUACUUAAUCGAUUUGAAAAAAAAAAAGAAAAUUCUGAAUUGAUUGUCCACUACAGCAGUGGAUUCAGAGGCCAAAUUGAGAAUUGGCAAAACAAAUACUCUCCAUUUAUGCACUUUUGAGUGCAUAGAUUUUUUUUUUUUUUAAACUACUUAAUAUUUAAUGUAUCAUUUUACCAUUUCACACCUUUUAAUCUCUGCCUUGGUAGAAUUCACUUUCUGUAUUGGCAAGUGUUUGAAUCAAAUUAAAGAAAUGUUUGAACA